CCUUCUCCUCCUGUUCUCUCCUUGCAGCGCGCGCCGCCAUUUGUCUUUUUUGUUUUUUCCCUUUUGGCGUUUCGGCGUUUGAAAAAGCAAGUUACAAAUAAAAUAAAUAGUCACCUUGUUCCUUCUUCUCGUCGAUUUCAUUAUACGUAAAUACACACACUUACGGUUGGAAGAUGCUACCGUCGCUUUCGAUGGUUGAUACCUGCUCUCUCUCUUCCGCUUUCGACUCGCUCUUUGCCUGCUCAACAUCCACCAUGCCCGACACAUCUACGCUCGACGCUGCCUUGGCCUUUUCCACAGUCGACGACUCGGUCCUCUCCCAACACGUUGAACUCACCUCCUUUGUCGUCCUCUUGCUCUGGAACAGAAUACCAUUGGACGUCCUAUUGCAAAUUUGGUCUACACCCGAUAUCGGAGGCCAUGUAAAGUUUCGAAAUUUCGUGCAAGGGCUCUUGUCCGCCACCAAAGUGUCCUCUUCGGUCGUGGUCUUGGCACUAAAGUACCUCCAACGCAUCGCCCGCUCCCGCCACACCUUGGAUAAAGACUCGCAUCUCCUUGGCGAAAACUCGGCUCAGAUCGCCCUGCUCGUCUCGCUUGUCCUCGCAAACAAGUUUGCAGACGAUGAGCGAUUCACAAAUUCCGCUUGGGCCACUGUCGCCAACGUGCCUAUUGAAACCCUCAACACGGCAGAGCUCGAAGCUCUGUUUGCCAUCAACUUUAAUCUCCAAGUUAAUGAAGUAGAAUACACGGCGUGGAUCACACGCCUAUCUCACUUUGCUUCCGAGGCAGCGUCUGCCUAUGAACGCCAGGAACUCAAAAAGCAACAGGCGCUAUCACAUCACUGCUACCUCCCCUCCCCCGUCUCGCCACCUCCCAUCUCUCAGGACUAUUACCCUCGCGCCGCAGAAUCCUCCGUUCCCCGUUCCGCGCGAGCCUAUCCCACACCCUUGUCAACAAUAACACCACAACCACCACCAUCAUCAGCAACAACACCACAUUCAUUUGGAAGUCAGUGGGCUCCCACUGUCUCCACCUAUGGAUGGCAAGAUACGCUGUUUAAAGGAAGCAUGCAUGGUGGACAGAUGGUGAUGGGCCAUUGAGAUCCUGUUUGAUUAGAAUCUUCUUUUACGAAAUGUAUAUUUAAUGAGAUACCCGCGCGAACAAAACAAAAUCUCUUUCUGCCUUAGUUAUUAUCACUGAACAUGUGGUGGUGGGUGGAUUGGACAGAACUUGUAAAUAAUAGAAAGAAUGGUUACAUACAACACACUUUUUGGCAAUAUCUCUA